AUGCCGUUUCCAGUCUCAUGUUUCUUCCCCAGAGACCCCAGGCCUAAUCAGCGCUUCCACCAGCAUGUGAACAACGAUGUGAACCUCCGCAUUGAGAACUUGACCAUCUUGGUCAGACACAUUGAGAACUUCUACCAGGAAGUUCUCCAGCAGCGGAUCGUAAUGAGCCUGCCGGAUGUUUCAGUGAUUAGCAAAGACCCGCUGUCUGGACAAAGUAUGGAGGAAAUGGAGAAGAUGCUGGUGCUGGUGCUGGGCUGUGCUGUCCAAUGCGACAGGAAAGGGGAGUUUAUUGAAAAAAUCCAACAGCUUGACAUUGAGACCCAGGUCAGGAUCCUGGCUCAUAUCCGGCAGGUGACCCACCACCAGGAGAGCCUGUUUGACAUGCAGAGGUUGGAGGCCCCAGACAUGGCCCUGGAGGAGCUGGAGUCUCUCUCCAGCAACACGACUUUUUGCCUCAGGAGGCUCGUAACUGAACAAGACAGUUGCAGGGAGCUGGUCGUGACCCUGACCCAGGAGUGGAACACCAGCAGCCGCCCCAGCGAGGACACGCAGCACCUGGCCGUGGAGCUGGCGGACACCAAGGCCACACUGCGCGGCCUCAGGCAGGAGCUGGAGGAGAAGACGAAGCAGCUGGCGGACACCAGGCAUGAGGUGGUCCAGCUGGUGCUGGAGCUGCAGGAGGCCCGGCGCAAUAACAUGGAGCUGGCAGCCAGUGCCCAGGCUGCCCGUGCCCCCCUCCCUGAGCUGGACUCCCUGAGGGAGAAGUUGAGGCACGUGGAGAGGCUGGAGAUGGGCCUCAGGCAGAAGCAGAAAGACAUAGACUUCUAUGCAGCCCGCAUGAAGGAGCUGAUUGAAGACAACUACACCUUAAUGGACAUCAAGGGUCUUCUCCAGGAGCAGCUGACUGUCGCUCGGUCCCGGGUCGAUAAGCUGUAUGAGCUUGAGGAGGAGAACAUGCAGCUGAAAUCAAAGCUGCACCACCUACAUUUGGCCCGGGACACAGACCAGCAACACCUUGAGGAGCUGCGGGAAGAGAACUUGGCCCUCAAGGCUGCACGGCAGAGUGUGGAGGAGUCCGCCCACCUGCGCUGGGAGCUGGAGCAGCUGUCAGAGGAAUGGCCAUCUCAGCGCCGGGGGCAGAGAGCAGAAGCUGAGGCCCCUGGAAUAUGGGCUCUGACUCCACUUUGCUCUUCAGCCUCCAGUUGCUUCCUGAAGCUGGACCAGGAGAAGCAGAGCCUCCAGGGCACCAUCCAGGGGCUGCGGGAUGCCUCCCUGGCCCUGCAGGAGAGCAGGCUCCAGCGCCAGGAGCUGGAGAAGGAGAACCAGCAGCUCAGAAAGCAGAUUGAAGACUUGCGAGUCCAGGUGGAAAGAGAAAAGCAGACCAGUCAGGAUCUGGAGACCCUCAGUGAGGAGCUGAUGGAGGAGAGAGAACAGCUACUCUGUGACAUAGAGACCCUGAAGGCUGAGAAAGCCCAGGAGAUCAAGGAUCUUGAACAAGUGGUGCGUUCGCUGCGGGAGCGUUCACAGGCCAGCAGUGAGGCCUGCGUGCAGGACAUCGAGAAUGAGAGCAAAGUCCUCCACCAGACAGUGAUGGAGACCAGCAGCAGAGUCAGCAAGCUGGAGCGGGAGCGGCAGCAGCUGCACCAGGACCUGGAGCAGGUGAAGGAGCAGGCGACGCGGGCGCAGGAGCUGGAGCAGGAGCUGCACCGGCUGCAGGAGGAGAACGAGAUGCUGGCCAUGGAGGUCAGCGCUCUGAGGACAGCCCCCGAGAGGGUCCACGCCCUGGAGCGGGAGAGCCCGGACCUGUUGCUGGAGAACCAGAGGCUGCAGACGUCUCUGGACACCCUGCAGCCCGAGGGUCUGGAGCUGGACAAGCAGCUGGACACCAGGGUGGAAAAUUCCACUCUGAGCUCCCAGAGCGCCUCGCUCACUGCGCUCACAGAGCAGAACAUGCAGCUCCAGCACCAGCAGCUGGUGGCAGCCCACGAGGCCCUGCAGCGGGAACACGCGUGCCUGGGUGCGCUCCAUGAGCACCUGUCUGGGGAACAUGAGGCCCUCAUGGAUGAGUACAGCCGCCAGAAGACACUGCUGCGACGGACCCUGGAGCUGGAGAGCAAAGCUCUCAGUGACAGAUACAAGGACCAGCUCCAACAUAAGGCGGCGCUGGAGCAGCUGGGGACGCUCUUGACCACCGAGCAGGAGGCUCUGCAGCAGGAGCAGAGGACGAGCACCAUGGCCGCCGAGGAGAACCAGAGGCUGCAGAGAGAGCUGGACAGGGCCAAUUCCCUGCACCAGCAGCUGAAGGGGGAGCAGGAGGAGCUGCAGACCCACAACAAGGAGCUGCAGACCUCCCUGAACGACACGCAGCUGCAGGUGAACUGCUGGCAGGCCCUGUACGAGGGACUGAAGGGGGAGCAUGAAGACACGGACAUCUCGCUGACCGAGCAGGACAACCGCUGCCAGCUGCUCUCCCGCCUCAAGGGCAACUUGGAGGGAGAAAAACGUGACCUGCAGAGCCAAAUCCAAAGGCUGAAAGAGCAGAACCAGAGGCUUUUCCAGGAGGACGUGGAGGACAAGGACCAGCUCCACGAGGAGCAGCAGCAGUACGUAGACAAAUUCAAUGCCUUACAGAGACAAAAUGAAAAACUGGAAGAAAAAAGCAUGGCUCAGCACAAGUUCCAUGAUCCAGCGCCAAAGAAGAAAAAGCACUGGAUUGGAGCUAAAUUCUUACUCAAACUCAUCAAACUAAAGAAAGGCGGUUCCAGAGAACGACGAAAGUCAACCCCAGAGAGGCCUCCCUGGCCGCUGGGGUCCUCAGCCCAGGCCUCGCCCAGUACUUCUCAGCCUCUUCAAUCGCAGCUGGAGCCCCUCGAGGCCACCCCAUGCUGCUCAAAGGUGACAGAAGAGCAAGACACCUGCAGGGGGCCCAGGGGAAAAGGCCCUGGGGACCUAAUACCAAAGGGAGUGGCCUCACCCAGAGGCAGCCUUGACCGCACUCGAGGAGAUGCCUCCGCUGACCCAGCCACCAAGCCCCAGGCAUCAGAGCUGGGCUCCGGGGCCUGUUCAUCCUCAGCCAUCACUACAGCUCCUUCCAGCUCCACCUCCACCUCCCGGCACCCAGGCCACACCCACGCUAAAUCCACAAGCCAGGGGAGCCCUGGAGCCCUGAGUCACUGUGUGGAGAGGAUGAGCUUUGGUGGCUCCCUGGCCCACAACAUGGACCAUAAAUCCCACUUCAUCAUGGGUCCCGAGGGCGGAGGAGCCGUUGGAGGCCGAGCCCAGCUGGUGUGGAGCCGCCCCUGCCACCAGACCAAGUGCAUCUGCCUGGAGUCCAGGCCACCGUCCUGCAGGCGCUCCUCUCCCGCAUGUGGGCAAGAUGCACUUGCUCAUCUGAGGGAGGAGCUGGAGCGGAAGCUGAUCCUUUCUCCUUCCAGACUUCACAUGAGGCUGGUGAUGGAUGUGCUGCCCCUGCUGGACGGGGCUCCACAGUCUGUCUUCCCACCAUGGAGUGUCAGAGCUCUGGCCAUAGGCAAGGAUAGCCAUGAGUGGCUGCUCCCAGGCCAUCCUGACACCACUCCUCUGUCCGACCUCUACACCAUUGAGCUGUGUUCAUUGCCAGCUAAAUCCACAAGCCAGGGGAGCCCUGGAGCCCUGAGUCACUGUGUGGAGAGGAUGAGCUUUGGUGGCUCCCUGGCCCACAUCAUGGACCAAAAAGAGCAAGAUUUUAUGGGGUACAGACACUGA